ACAUACCUCUACGUCGAUAUAAUCUCAACUGUGUAAUAUUUGUAUGAGAACCGUUUUGAAAUUUGUUGUAGUAGUGAUUGGUAAACAUUUAUGUUAUUGCUUUUACGUCUCAAUCUAGUUUCUCAUCCGUCGUAAUAAUAAUGCACAGUACUCGUGAAUAGUGUAUCUACAAAAAGUAAAAGUGAGAGGCAAUCACAAAAGGAUUCAAUGUACUGUCAAAACAUUGUUCCAGUGUGGUUUCUGUCAAACGCUGAGGUUGAAGCAACAGCGACAUUUGUGUUCAUGGCGCUGCUUUGAUCAUCCGAAAGUAGGUUUUUUCGCAUUACAGCUUAGCACACGAGGGGCGUAUGGGCUAUUAAAACUAAGUAUAUGUCUACUGCAGCCGAAUGUCGUGACUGGGUAGAAAACUAAUGCACACAAGAAGGUGUGCCCUGAUACAAUGCUGCUUCAGGACUUCCCUGAUGAAAUACUGCUUGAAAUUUUCUCACGACUUCCAGUUAAAGAUAUAGUUACAUGUGCUCUUUAUGUUUGUAAACGCUGGAAAGCCUUGUGUAGGAGUUCAGCCCUCUGGAAAGGGCGAGAAUAUCGGUUAACAGACAAAAAAAGGAAAUGUGAGAUUGUGGAAGUAGCCAAACUUAUUCCACACCUGACAACACUUUUUGUAGGGACAGGUACAAAAUUCUGUGUAUGGUUUACUGGUUGCAAUGUGCUUCUUUCAUCAGGUGUUGAUUUUGAAAUAAUUAGGGAUUUAGUUUGGAGUUGUAAUAUUAGUAACAUAACAGUUCCAAGAGGUCUCUUCAGUCCUGAUUUGUUUCCAAAGCUGGUUGAUGAUGAUAAGAAACUCAGAUAUUUAACUGUGAAACAUGAUCCAAUGAUGUAUAACACUCCAGGUGAAACUCUACCACUUUUACUAAGACAGGGGUCACUGUCAGAGUUGAAAAUACUUCACAUACAUGGUGCCCGAAGUAUUACUGUUGACACUGUCCUUCAGUUGUGCCAGCACUGUCCCCAUCUUGAAGAACUGGCGUUACAUGAAUUAAGUCAGGCCUCAGACCAUGUGUUACAGAAUUUACAACUGUGCCCUAAACUUCGCUUACUGGAAAUCACACAGUCUAACUCACUUCGUGAUCUUUCAUUUUUAAAAUGUUGUCCAAACCUGUUGGAAUUGGAUCUUACUAUGUGCUACUCUUUACAGCCCUCCUCAUUUCAGCAUUUGCUACACCUGAAAAAGUUGAAAUGGUUUCAUAUGAGGCACUGUAGAGCAAUUGGUUUACCACUUGCUGCCAUGGCUGAAUAUCUUGUUCACUUAAAGAUUAUUGACUUGUUUUAUUCUGCUGGUUUUAGUGAAAGUGAACUGAAAAAACUACAGAUGAUAGCUCCACACAUAAUUGUAUUACAGGGGCCUUUUGACCAUAGAUAGCUUCACAUAUAAUUGUUACAAGAGUCUUUUGGUCCAAUGUUUGAAAAUACAAUUAAUUGUAUCCUUCAUAAAUGUCAGUACUUGUGCUAAUGAUCUGCUAAAAAGUUGUCAUGUAACUUGUAAAUAAAGGAACAUAUGUUCAUGGUA